GUGAGGGAGGGAACGAAAAGACAGAAAUCGAGGUGACACCAGCAUGCCUGAAGCGAAGAAGCCGGAGCCCAAGAAAGAGGAGGCAGCGCCCCCUGCUGAGCCUGUACCUGGGGAGGAGCAUCAGGUGUCAGAAGAAACCGGCCUCUUUGUGGAGAAGCCCCAGAGCACCACGGCAACAAGAGGGAAAGACAUCACGUUUGUGGCCAAAGUGGAUUCGGCGAGUAUGCUGAGGAAACCAGUGACGAAAUGGAUGAAGGGAAAAUGGCUAGACCUGAGCAGCAAAGCAGGCAAACACUUGCAGUUCAAAGAGUCCUAUGACAGGAACACCAAGAUUUACAUAUAUGAGAUGACCAUUCUGAAAGUGGUGGACGGCGAUGCAGGUGGCUACAGGUGUGAGGUCUCAACCAAGGACAAGUGUGAUAGCUGCACAUUCAACAUCACAGUGGAAGCUGCUGAACAGGCACAGCAAACAAACAUUCUGGAAGCUUUCAAACGAUCAGGAGAUGCAGGUGAGGACGCUGGGGAUCUGGACUUCAGUGGGCUCCUCAAGAAGAGGGAGCGGAAGCAGAAGGAGGUGCCCCAGGAGGACGUGGACGUGUGGGAAAUCCUGAAGAAGGCUAAGCCGUGUGACUAUGAGAAGAUCGCCUUUCAGUACGGCAUCACCGACCUGCGAGGCAUGCUGAAGAGACUCAAGAAGAUGAGGUCGGAGCCAAAAAAGAGUGAUGCUUUCGUGAGGAAGUUGGAUCCCGCCUACUCAGUGGAGAAGGGCAAGAAGAUCCAAAUGAGCGUGGAGGUCGCCGACCCUGAUGCCCCGAUCAAGUGGCUAAAGAACGGGCAAGAGAUCAAACCCUCUGCAAAGUAUGUCUUCGAGAGUAUAGGGAACGUGCGCAAACUCACCAUCAACAAGUGCACCCUUUCUGAUGAUGCUGCGUAUGAGUGUGUGAUUGGAGAGGAAAAGUGUUUCACUGAGGUGUUUGUUCAAGAGCCUCCGGUGACCAUCACUAAGAUGCUGGAUGACAUGCACACGCUGGUGGGAGAGAAGGUGGAGUUUGAGGUGGAGGUGUCUGAGGAAGGAGCCGGUGUCAAAUGGAUGAAGGAUGGCGUAGAGCUGAGUAGGGAUGGGAAGUAUCGCUUUAAGAAAGACGGGAAGAAGCACUGGCUCAUCAUCAGUGAGGCUACGAAGGAGGAUAUUGGAAUGUACCACGUCGUUACAAAUGGGGGGGAGUCGAAGGCCGAGCUGGAAGUGGAAGAUAAGGAACUGAAGAUUCUUCAGAGCAUAGCAGAUCUGACAGUGAGGUCGACAGAGCAGGCCGUCUUUAAGUGUGAGGUGUCUGACAAAGUUACCGGCAAAUGGUACAAGGAUGGGGUGGAGGUCGUGGCCAGCAAUCACAUCAAAAUGACACAUGUCGGCAGGAUUCACAAACUGGUGAUUGACGACGUGAAGGCAGAGGAUGCAGGAGACUACACCUUCGUCCCUGACGGCCACGCCCUCAGCCUUUCAGCCAAGCUUAACUUCAUAGAAAUCAAAAUCGAAUAUAUUCCUCGGCAGGAACCUCCCAAGAUCCACCUAGACACCACUGGCAGCAUGACCAACAAAAACACCAUUAUCGUGGUUGCUGGAAACAAGCUGCGUCUGGAUGUGGAGAUCACGGGAGAACCCGCGCCUACUGUCUGCUGGAAGAGAGGAGAGAAUGAGAUCUCCAGCAUGGAGGGUCGUGUACGGGUGGAGAGCAGAAAGGACCUCAGCAGCUUCGUGAUUGAAGGAGCAGAGAGAGGAGAUGAAGGUGCCUAUUCCAUCACUGUCACCAACCCAGCAGGAGAGGACAACGCUGAGCUGAACAUCAAGAUUGUUGAUGUACCCGACCCACCAGAGAACGUUCGUUGCACUGGAGUUGGAGAGGACACGGCCACUGUUCUGUGGGACCCGCCCAAAUUUGACGGCGGGGUUCCAGUGAAAGGUUACUUGAUGGAGAGAAAGAAGAAGGACUCAUCCAGGUGGACGAAGCUGAACUUUGACGUCUAUGAGAUGACGACGUAUGAGGCAAAGAAGAUGAUCGAGGGCAUGAUGUACGAGAUGCGUGUGUUCGCGGUCAAUGGCAUCGGCAUCUCCCAGCCCAGUGGCGUCUCCAAACCCUUCAUGCCCAUUGCGCCGACCAGUGAACCAACCAGGCUGAUCGUGGAUGACAUCACCGAUGGCACCUGCGCCCUGAAGUGGCGCCCUCCAGAGCGGAUCGGCGCGGGGGGCGUGGAUGGUUAUAUCAUCGAGUACUGCCUUGAAGGAGGGACUGAGUGGGUACAGGCCAACGAGGACCCCAUAGAGAACACCAUCUUUCGGGUUCGUGGCCUGCAGCUGGGGGAGAAGUACAUGUUCCGGGUGAAAGCUGUUAACAUAGCUGGGUGUAGCGCCCCAGCGGAGAUUAACCAAGGAGUCACCAUCAGGGAGAUCACUGAGAACCCCAGGAUUCGUCUUCCUCGUCAGCUGAGGACUAAGUUUAUCCGCAGAGUGGGCGAGAAGGUCAACCUCGUCAUUCCCUUCCAGGGCAAGCCCCGCCCCGUGGUGACGUGGUUCAAGGAUGGCGCGCCACUGGACAUGAAGCUGGUUAAUGUGCGCACCACGGAGGUGGACACCAUUUUGUUCAUCAGAGAGUCGACCCGGGGGCACUCAGGAUGCUACACCCUCUCCGUCCAGAUCGAGAACAUGGAGGACAAGGCCGCUAUUGAGAUCCAGAUCGUGGAGAAGCCUGGUCCCCCCAUAGCUGUCAUGGUGACUGAUGUUUGGGGUUUUAAUGCUGCCCUGGAGUGGAAGCCUCCUAAAGACAAUGGCAACAGCGAAAUCACUGGAUACACCAUCCAGAAGGCCGACAUGAAGACAAAGGAAUGGUUCACGGUGUAUGAGCACAACCGCAGGCCCAGGUGCACUGUGUCCGACCUGGUGAUGGGGAAUGAGUACUCGUUCCGUGUAUUCAGUGAGAACAUCUGUGGCCUAAGUGAGGAUGCAGGACUCAGCAAAAAUACGGCUGUCAUCGCCAAGACAGGUCUACGCUCGAAGCGCCAGGCAUUUAAGGAGAGAGAUAUGAACAGCUGCCCCAAGUUCACGGCACCCCUAAUGGACAGAUGUGUCAUUGCAGGCUACAACACUGCCCUCAGCUGUGCUGUCCGUGGCUUGCCAAAACCCAAAAUCAUCUGGAUGAAGAAUAAGACAAUAAUCAGCAGCAACCCCAAGUACAUUAUGCAGAACAACCAGGGGGUCCUGACUCUGAACAUCCGCAAGCCGAGCCUGUUUGACGGCGGGAAGUACACCUGCAAGGCCGUCAACGAGCUCGGAGAGGACGAGGUCGAGUGCAAGCUGGAGGUCAGAGUCUUUUCUGAUAAAGGGGAAGGGAAGAAAUGAGACAGAGGAAAACGGAUGGAAAAA